GUCUGAGCAGGCAGGAGCCAAUCGGAGUCAGUACCGCCGCCCUUAUUCCUGUUACCAUUUGGGGGUUGACGUUUUCUGUCCACUUGAGACGUCUUUUUAAUUAAACAGUUAGUUUGUACCGACUGAUUUGGCAUUAAAAUGACAGACUCUGGAGACGGUGGAGUCACUAAAAAAAAAUUGCUUCAUGCGGGCAUUCCAAAGGCUGAACACCUGGACAAUAUGGAAGAGUUCAUGGCACGCGAGAACAACCAAAAUAUCGAAGUUGCUCUCAGGAACUUGGACGAACAGCAUAGCAAGUACAAAUUCAUGGAACUAAACCUUCUUCAAAAGAAACAACGAUUAAGGAGUCAGAUUCCAGAAAUAACUACUUCGCUGGAAAUAGUGAAGAUGCUAAAAUCAAAACGCGAUUCCUCAGAAGACAUGGAAACACGUUUUCUUCUUUCUGACCAAGUGUACUCUAAAGCAGUGAUUCCUCCGACUGAAAGAGUCUGUCUCUGGCUUGGGGCAAAUGUAAUGCUCGAGUAUACAUUAGAUGGGGCUGAAACAUUGCUCAGCAAAAAUCUUCAGACUGCAACACGGAACCUGGCAGAGCUGAAUAGUGACUUGGACUUUCUACGUGACCAAAUUACAACAACUGAAGUCAACAUGGCAAGAGUGCACAACUGGAACGUAAAACGAGUGCAAACAAUGGCGGGUCAAGCAUCUGCAUAAGCGUGCAUUAACACAGUUUCCGUCGUCUCUGAAGACUUUUGAAGCCAGAUCUGUUAUACAUAUGGCUGUCGCUUGCAGUUAAAAGGUUUCACAAAUUCAAUCCUCGUUUCUUCGAUGACAGUCGCCUACUGACUUUUCGGACUUUGCUUCAUUUUUCUAACACUGCCACGGGGAAGUCACUCGUCCCAUAGAGCCAAUGUGUAACAGACCCGCAAUUUUGGACGAUCCUAGUGCUCGGGACUUGAUUGGUAAUUUGCGUAGCAGAGGCUUGGAACUUCCCGCUCCAGUGAUGUUUGGGAAGCUUGGAAACGUGGACAGGAUCCAGUCGUGCUCAACUGUCCAUUGAAGAGAUCGCUUGCUUGGAUGAUGCGCUGGAUGUGACGCGGCCACCCAACUCGGAACUGAUGAGGUCACCGUACAAGGCAAAAGUGGACAUGAGCGAAUGAAAACAGAAGGGUGUUUUUCAACACAGCAUUGACCAGUUUAUCUUGCCACUGAACUGAAUAAAGUAUCUUUUAGCCUA